GAGUUAGGGAGUUGACGUAGGUGAUUUUUAUUCCUCACGUCGGUGUUGCCUUCUUGAUAUCGAUUAGCAUUCUUACAUCUCACUUGACCUAUUAUAUCCUUAUUUCGAACAUUAUCAUAUACCAUCACAAUGUCGGAGAGAUUGCCUCAUGAUCUGAAUUGCUUGACCAUCUCCGAGCUGCAGAAGCAUGCUGCGGUUAUGAUGGAUAAGCAGACUCGUGACUAUUACAAUGAGGGAUCCGAUUCUGGUAGCACAUUGCAAGAGAAUCUGGACGCAUAUGCAAAGUACCGUAUCCGACCCAGAGUUCUCCGGGAUGUAUCAAAGAUCGAUACCAGUGUGAACAUCUUUGGCCACAAGAACAGCAUUCCAUUGGGUGUAGCACCGACAGCAAUGCAAAGACUCGCUCACUCGGAUGGUGAAUUGGCCACAGCGAGAGCAUGCAAGAAGAUGGGUGUUGCAAUGGGUCUGUCUUCGUUUGCAACCACGACGCUGGAAGAAGUCGCCGAAGCAAAUGGCGACAACCCUCACGUGCUACAACUAUACCUCUUCGAGGAGCGCGACCACAGCAUCAAGCUGUUGAAGAGAGCAAAGGAGGCAGGCUACAAAGCCGUCUUCCUCACCGUCGACACACCUAUCCUCGGCCGCCGCAACCUCGAAAUCAGAAACCAGUUCAAGCUGCCAGCACACUUCAAGAUCCCUAACUUCGAGGGACAAGGCGACAACCAACCGGAUGCUGAGGCUGAGCAGAGAGGUCAGGGUGCAACCCGAAGAGGCAGCGAGGCAGGAUACACAGACAGCGAUGGCAACAGAGUUGUGCCAAAGGGUCCCAUCACAUUCCACUCGCACGCAGCCAACCCGACACUUUCCUGGGAGCGAGACAUCGAGUGGUUGAAGAAGGAGUGUGGAGAUGAGAUGCAAGUGUGGGUCAAGGGUAUCGCGACUGCCGAGGACGCUCUUUUGGCCGUUCACCACGGUGUUGAUGGAAUUGUGGUAUCGAACCACGGAGGAAGGCAACUGAAUGGUGCGCUGGCAACAUUGGAUGCACUUCCCGAAGUGGUUGCAGCAGUACAGGGCAAAAUUCCAGUCCAUGUGGAUGGCGGUAUCCGACACGGCACCGAUGUCUUCAAGGCACUGGCUCUUGGAGCAGACUUUGUUUGGAUCGGCAGACCUGUUCUCUGGGGACUGGCAUACAAGGGUCAAGCUGGUGUUGAGUUGUGCUUGCGCCUGCUUUCAGACGAGAUCAGGCUGGCCAUGGGUCUCGCAGGCGUCACCAAGGUCGAGGAAAUUACAAAGGAAUAUUUGGUCAAGAUUGACAAGAGCGGAUUUGUCGCAAGAUUGUAGAUAUCUAUCACGAUAAAAUGUAAAUAGUGUAUUGAUGUUGUAAUUGUACAAGUGC